AUGUCCGUGAAAUCUGAGCUUCACCUGACCACGGUGUCAGGGUAUUUCCUGCAGGACGAUCCUUCUACUGACCCUGCGACGUUCGACUAUGUGCGUUCGAACUUCGGUCUCAUUGACCGCCAGUAUAAUGAAGAUUCAGAGUCCAGCCAAGAUAAAAGUCCGUGGAAGCGCUUCCAAGACCAUGUUGACCACUUGAACUCUGUUGCUAGCACAACAAAAUUCAAAGUCUUGUUCCUGGGGCGCCACGGAGAGGGAGUUCAUAAUGUCGCUGAAAGCCGCUACGGUACAAAGCUAUGGGACGAAUACUGGUCCCUCCAAGAUGGGGACGAGUAUGGGCAGUGGGUCGACGCUCGUCUGACCCAGAAAGGCAUUGAGCAGGCAAAAGUAGCACACCGCGCCUGGAAAGACCAGUUGCAGGCAGGCAUUCCUCCACCUCAAUCCUUCUACGUGAGUCCUAUGAAUCGCUGCCUGGCGACCGCCCAGGUGACUUUUGAUGGCCUUCCCAUUGCCGACAUCACUCCGUUCAGGCCUACUAUCAAGGAAACGAUGGGUCAGCACACCUGUGACCGUCGGUCCAGUGCGACUGCCAUCGCCACAGAAUAUCCACAUUAUCGGUUCGAGGAUGGAUUUGAAGAAGAGGACCUGCUGUGGGAUCCUAUGAUCCGAGAAUCGAAUGAAGACCGCAACAAGCGUCUUAGUUGCCUACUUGGUGAUAUCUUCUCCACCGAUGAUAACACCUAUGUCUCGUUGACGGCUCAUUCCGGUGCUAUCACAAGUAUCUUGGAAGUGCUGGGUCACCGGAAACUCGCUUUGGCGACCGGUGCUGUGAUCCCUGUACUUGUUAAGGCUGAGAAGGUCAACACUCCUUAG